AUGCGCGAACUUUUACUAGUACGAAAGUUGGAAGAAGAAAACGCAAAAAAGAAUAAACUAGAAAAUACCUCACCUAAAAACUCGAACACUUCUAUAGAAGGACACCAUGAAACUACGGAUUAUUCCGCAAACAAUACUACAAAAAAUAUAACAGACACUAACCAGACUUUUGAUAGAGAAGAUCAGAAAAACAUAAAUACCAAUGACAUUGAUCAUAAUGUCAAAACCAUUACGCCUGGAGAUAAUAUUAAUUCAACCAAUCAGUUAGAUACUUCCGAAGUUGAUAAAAUACUUGUACAAAUUAGUUCUGAACAUACAUCCUCUACCAGUGACAACAAUAGUAAUGAAUCAAUGAGUGAGCUAUCAAUUAAUGAAAAAACUGAUGGUCAAAAUUUACAACCCGUUAUUGAGAAUGCACCGGUAAAUUCAAAUCAUGAUGAACAAGAUCUAAAGGAUCAAAUGUUGGAAGAAGAGAAAAAAUUUCAUGAGGCGACAUCACUUGCACUUCAAACAAAAAGAGAAAGUCUGAAAGAAUUCUUUCUGCAAAAACUUCCUUAUACUCACAAAGACACUUUCACAGACAAUCAAAUAGAAUUAGACUCUAACUUUAUUGACGAUAACAAAUCGGUUUCUUUAACAUCCAGCAUAAAGAAUGAAACCAUAAAAGAGGAAUUUAUUAAUGGGAAUCCUUCUCAAGAAUCAUCUGGAAUCAUAAAAUCCGUUAUAGUUAAAGAUUCUACUAGCACUGAUAAACAACUUACAUCACCUACAAUUAAAUUAGAGUUAAGUCCCGAUGAAAAACGUCAAAAUGGUUAUGAAAAUCGAAGUAACCAGAGGAUGGACUCGAAGUUACAGAAACAGAAUAUAAAUCAAGACAUCAAACAAAAUUUAGAUGAAACUGCAGAUAUAGUUAUAAUGGGUUCUGAAAAGGUUGAAUCUUUAGAAACCAAAAAUGUUGAAGAAAAUACCAUCAAUAUUGAAAUUUCUGCAUUAAAUGGUGAAUCUAAAAUAGAAAGUAAAGGUGAAAUUAAAAGUUCCAUACAUUUAACACGCUCAAAGAAUAAAACAUCUGUGGACACUGAUUCUGAUUGUUCCGUAGACUUGGAUGCGUUAAUAGCUGAAGGUAGUGAUUUGGAGUCUGGUGAAAUUCAACUAAAUGAUGACGGUUUGGAUGAUGGAGAUGAUGAUUUCUGGAAAAUUGAUCCUGCAGAGUUUGAAAAGCAUCUUACGCCAUCAACUUCUCCUUUACGUAGACCUUCUCCAGACCCACAUGGCACUCCAACAUUGAGUCCUUUAGUGAAUGUUACCGGACCAAUUGCAGAAGAUGAUGAAAAUUUAAGUGAUACACCACUUGAAGUUGAUGGUCAAGAAGCUGAUGAUAUCAUGAAUUCAUUCUCUAAUUCUAAUGGAUUUGAUAUGGAUUCCAAAGGCGCUGAAUAUGAUGAUGAGACAAAUGAGAUUGAUAUGAGCUUAGACACACAAAUCACUCCUAUUUUAAAGCCAAUUUCACCUUCACCUGCACCCUCACCCGCUCCCACCCUUUCGGGUGGCAAAUCUGGCAUCCCAUCGGGUCUACCUAAAACAGCAUUUAGCGCUCAUUUUGGUCCAUCACCGCUUUCUCCUACAUCUUCACGAGCUUCGUCGGUAGGAGAUCCAGAUGAAUGUGAAACAACGUCAAAUGGUUCAUAUACUUCUGUGCGUUCAGCAAGUAGCGCAAAAUCGGGAGCUUCAGGAAUACGAAGACCAUCAACAGUAACCGGCUUGCGUUCGCCUAGCAGAAUUGGUUCUAGAAUUGCAACCCCUGGUAGGGUCGAUUCUCAUUCUUCUAUCCCGACUUCACAAAGACCAAGAUCUUCAAGUGCUCUUAGUGAUAGCUCUACCGAAGAGAGCACUACAUCAUCUGUUGGUGCUACAUCGCCUUCAAGAAUUGCUUCUCCAACUCGAGGACUUCACAUGUCAAUGUAUAAUAUGACGCAAUCUAUGUCAGGUAGCGCUCGUCCAAGAUCAAUGAGUCGUGUGAGUAAUAGCUCUGCUGAAUCACAUAUUGCAUCUCCAGGAUCUCGACCGUUGAGCAGAGCUGGAUCUGUUACACCGAAAUCCUCCAAUACUGGACCACAAAGUCGAAUUCGAAGUAGUAUGUCUCCUUCAAAUGUCAAUGCAUCGAAUUCUAAAUAUGGCACACUUAAUUCUGGAACAGUAAGACCUUCAAGUCGUGCGAGUAUUGCCAAAACUUCACCUACAUCAACAACAUCCAUACGACCAUUGAGCCGGCUUGGCAGUUUUUCUGAGCCACCCAACACGUCACUCAAGAAACCUCGACCUCAAAGUAUUGCAGUUGGAAAUAAUUCUCCCAAUAAUACCGCCACAAUGUCGCGAUCAAAUAGUAUCUCAACUACUUCGGCGUAUUCAAAUACAAAUUCUGGUAUUCGAUGCCUUUCUAGUGUCCUUAAAACUCCUUCAUCCUUUGCACAUUAUGGUGGUCGGAGUACUGAUAGCUUGUCUUCUCAUGAUGAAUACUCGUCUCCAAUUUUUUCCCCCCCGGAAUCACCUACUGCUUCCGAAACUGAUUCCCUUACUUCUUUAGCAAGUUCAGUCUCAUGUGGCUCCUCACCUGGUAGAGGAACUUCUCCUAUACCUCCUCAUAAUACAUCAAUGCUUGCUACUCCUACUACAAGGCUAUCAAAACAUGGUUCCCGGAUGUCAAUGACUGCAGCUCCUUCUGGUAUAAGUAAAUUGCCUUCUUCAAGAAUGCUCUCUUCAAAGCUUGCAACUGCUAGUGGACAUGCAACUGGUUUAAAAUCACCAGAAUCGAGAGCUAAGAAAACUUAA